GAUUUUCACGUCUGAUCCAUACUGAGCGACAUUACGCUCACAUGUGCGCAAACACGCCGUAAUGACGCACGCACAUCGAAGCGCAGCGCGAGUCCAGCUCGACAUUAGACGAAUUUUCACGCGGAAUAUCGCGUCGUCGCCGCAUCGGACUUUAAUCAUGUCGAUGAGCGACGGCGGGAAUAUGAAUGCCAUCAUAGCACGGCUGAUAGACGAGACGCAAACGACGUUCGGAAUGCCGCGUGGAUUUAUCAGUGAGAACGAUUUUGAUUUUACUUUGCAGGUUAUACGCCGGUGUUGGCGUGUGAUUUGCGCGAGAUGACACCGAUGAUGCCGCCUGAUUCUCAUCAAAUUUCAUUGAAGAUUAUAGAGGCGAUCAAACAGCACCCGGUACUCUAUUGCACUGAAGUGAAGGGAUUGUCGGUGAAGCUGCAAGAAUUCAAACAGAAAGUCUGGAAACGCAUCUCGGAUGAACUUGGACUGGACUCGACAUGGGUCAGAUUGAAGUGGAAGAACCUCAGGGAUACUUACUGUCGUAUUCUGAAGUAUAAGAAUAAAACAGACGAGGGUGUCAGAAGAAAGAAAUGGAUCUUCGAGGACCACUUGAGCUUCUUAAAAUUCCCGUAUGAAGUGGACUAUCAACCGCAAUGUGCAGAACUGACCAAGGAAUACAUACAAGAUAUAAAUGCAGGUGGAAUAAGCUCCGAAGGCUUAUUAGAACAGUUAGAAGAUCGAAAUGAUGAGGAUUACAGUGAAUAUUUGGAAAUUCUCGAAGAAACAACGGCCGAUCCCGUUUUAGAACCCGAAACGAUGAUAGAAACACUAGACAAUAAUACGCAAUUAAUCAGCCAUGUAGAGUCUGAGCAGGAGCAUGCACAGCAAAAUAUUGAUAGUUAUAUUCAACAAAUACAGUCGAAAUAUCGAAAGAUACGCCCGAAACGAAUGAAGACCGAUCAUUCGCCCUCUUCGAAAGCGUCAAGUUCUUACAAUGCAAUAAAAAGCCCUUUGACGACUAGUAAUGCAAGUGCGCUUGAUACUAAAACAAUGGCUGAUCAAAUUUUUAUAACAAGCUCGGCAUCUGACACUCAAUCCACAAAGGGAUCGAGUAAUGUAAAAGACAGUGACGGCAAUUUCGAACAAGUUUAUUUGGCACCCGAGAGUAAGAGCAGUAUAGAGUUAUUUUUCGACAGCAUGGCGCAAACGGUGAAAAAAUUGCCACCGAAGGCGCAGGCGGACAUUAAGAUGAACAUCUGCAAAAUUGUUACAGAGGCGGAAGUACAGUAUUCCGGCCAAAAUAUGCCGCAGAGUACUCAACAGUUCAUAGCACCACCUGGUAUGAUACCCAAGCUAGUAUUGAUACCUUGCGAUAUGAUAGAUAACCAAAAGAGCUCGGAAAUAAAAAAGGACGAUGAAGAUAACAAGAAGUAUAAAGAAUUUGUAGAUACUAAUAAUCGAACAAAAGAGAUGUUGAAAGCGUUUAAGCGCGAUUGGAAAUCAUUUAAAGAAUUGCUAUCACUGAAAAGAGAGCCUUCAAAUUAUGCAAAUAUAUGGAAAGAUAAUCGUAAGGUAAUUCCUCGUGAGUGCGAUGUACUCAUUAUUGGCGGUGGAGCAAUAGGCAGUUCGAUAGCGUAUUGGCUAAGGCAGAAAUUCUACAGGGAAGAAUUCAAUGUUGUUGUAGUUGAAAAAGAUCCUACGUAUGCCAAAGCUUCUACAACUCUUUCAGUAGGUGGGCUACGCCAACAAUUCUCCCUCGAAGAGAAUAUUCAGAUGUCAGUGUAUGGUGCAGAAUUCGUGCGAAAUAUUAACGAACAUUUGAGUAUCCCUGGAGAGCCACCGAUUGAUAUAGGUUUUCAUCCAUAUGGCUACUUGGUAUUAUCGUCCGAAGCAGGCGUUGAAACUUUAAUACAAAACUCUAAGCUGCAGAAUUCUCUUGGAGCAAAAAAUAUAAUUAUGAAUGCGGAGAAGCUAAAACGGACAUUUCCAUGGUUAAACACUGACGGAAUCGCGGCAGGUUGUCUCGGGCUAGAAAAGGAAGGAUGGUUUGAUCCAUGGUCCUUGUUAUGUGCCUUGAAAAACAAGGCCACUUAUUUAGGUGCAAAAUAUAUCAAUGCUGAAGUUAAGGCUUUUCAAUAUACAAAUAUUCCAGGAGCUUAUGAUGACGAGAUAAAUCCUUGCCAAAGAUUAACUAAUGCAGUCAUAGAAACAGAUGAUGGUGAGAUACACUCAAUACAGUUUUCUGCAGUUGUUAUUGCUGCAGGAGCAUUUAGUGGCGAUGUAGCUGAAAUGGCUAAUAUUGGAACGGGUAAAGAUACAUUAUCGGUACCUUUACCAGUGGUACCCAGAAAAAGAUACGUAUAUUGUAUCCAUUCUCCUAAUGGACCUGGUUUAAACACUCCUCUAACGAUCGACACUAGUGGUACAUAUUUUAGGCGAGAGGGUCUGGCAGGUAAUUACGUCUGUGGGAGGACACCAGAACUGCACGAGGAACCAUCGGUGAACAACUUGGAUGUCGAUCAUGAAUUUUUCGACAAUAAAGUGUGGCCUGCACUCGCUCACAGAAUACCGGCGUUUGAAAACUUGAAAGUGAAAUCUUCAUGGGCUGGAUAUUACGAGUACAAUACUUUCGACGAAAAUGGUAUCAUUGGGCGACAUCCUUAUCACAACAACUUAUUAAUGGCGACUGGUUUCAGCGGUCAUGGUAUUCAAAAGGCACCCGCGGUGGGACGUGCAAUAGCAGAAUUACUUUUAAACGGUCAUUAUAUAAGUAUAGAUUUGAGCAAAUUAAGUUUCAAAAGAUUUCUGACAUCGGAGCCCAUAAGAGAAGCUAAUAUCUUUUAGGUGCUUUAGCGGUUUUUAGCGUUUGAAUAUAUAUUAUAUAUAUUUGUAAAUACAAUUGUGCUAUUAUAAAUUUUCAUUUACAAAUAAGAAAAUGUGUCACAUCUAAAAUAUAAAAAAUAUAGUUUUUAACGUACAAUCGCAAUACAUUCAGGACUUCAUCAAU